AGCUCGAUUCUGAGCCGCAGCACAGCUUUGGCUGUGGAAGCGUGCCUCCGUGCGGCUUCUCAGCCCUGCCAGCUGGGCUGGAGCAGCCCCUCUCCUUGUGGCGGAGAGGGACACAGCUCUUACCCUGCACCCUGUCCCGGAGGCGCUGAAUCCCACCUCCUGGCUCUGCCCCCCACUUCCCACCGCUUCGGCAUCCCCCCCGGAGCUCCUCGCCUUGCCGGGGCCGUGCCGUCGGAGCCGGAGAAGCCGAGGCGAGGCGGGCUGCGGGCGGGGUCUGGCUGAUGUAACAGGAAGCCCCGCUGGCUGCCUGCCGCCGCUCCCCGUCCCCAGCUGAGCCGCUCCCGCUGCUGCCCGAGCAGCGCCGCGCUCCGCCGGGCGCCACUGCCCCGCAGCCAGCGGCACCAGCGGGCUGCCAGCCGCCGGGAGAGGAGGCGAGCAGAGGCAAAGCCAGCCAGAGCCCACCGGAGUUGAGCCUGUUUGAGUUCAUUUGAUUGCAACAUAAAAUACGCUGCACCAGAUACAGAAAUGACAAAAAACUGGAUAACAUUUUUGCUGUUCUUCCUCUUGGUUACUAUGUUUUUUGCCACUGCCAUACCAGCUGAGGGGCAUCAGAAUAUGACAGAUGACUUCGCUCAACUGAGUGUUACACGGAAUAAAAUUAUGACAGCACAGUAUGAAUGCUACCAGAAAAUUAUGCAAGAUCCCAUUCAUAGGAAAGAAGGUCCUUACUGUAACAGGACAUGGGAUGGCUGGUUGUGCUGGAGUGAUGUUGCUGCAGGAACUGUGUCAGUACAGCGUUGUCCUGACUACUUUCAGGAUUUCAAUCCAUCAGAAAAAGUGACGAAGAUCUGUGAUCCAAGUGGGAACUGGUUUAGACACCCAGAAAGCAACAGGACAUGGACAAACUACACCCAGUGUAAUAUCUAUACGCAUGAAAAAGUGAAGACGGCUCUGAACUUGUAUUAUUUGGCCAUCAUAGGACAUGGUCUCUCAAUUGCAUCGCUUCUGAUUUCUCUUGGCAUAUUCUUUUAUUUUAAGAGCUUGAGUUGCCAAAGGAUUACCCUGCAUAAAAAUCUAUUUUUCUCUUUUGUUUGCAACUCUGUUGUAACGAUAAUUUCACUGACUGCAAUUGCCAACAAUCAGGAGUUAGUUGCAACUAAUCCAAUUAGCUGCAAAGUGUCACAGUUCAUCUACCUGUACCUAAUGGGGUGCAACUACUUCUGGAUGCUGUGUGAAGGCGUUUACCUGCAUACUCUUAUUGUGGUGGCUGUUUUUGCUGAGAAACAGCACUUGAUGUGGUAUUACCUUCUUGGCUGGGGUUUUCCACUGAUCCCUGCCUGCAUACAUGCUGUUGCUAGAACUUUGUAUUAUAAUGACAACUGUUGGAUCAGCUCUGAUACUCAUCUGCUGUACAUCAUCCAUGGUCCUAUUUGUGCUGCUCUAUUGGUGAAUCUCUUCUUCCUGCUGAAUAUCGUCCGUGUUCUCAUAACAAAGCUGAAAGACACCCACAAGGCAGAAUCCAACCUGUACAUGAAAGCAGUGAGAGCUACCCUGAUUCUUGUCCCCCUGCUUGGCAUUGAGUUUGUGCUGUUUCCAUGGCGACCAGAAGGCCCGAUCGCUGAGGAAGUCUAUGACUAUGUGAUGCACAUCCUUAUGCAUUACCAGGGUCUACUGGUGGCUACAAUUUUCUGCUUUUUUAAUGGAGAGGUCCAAGCCGUUUUGAGAAGACACUGGAAUCAGUAUAAAAUCCAAUUUGAGCACAGCUUCAGCCACUCAGAUGCUAUGCGCACUGCUUCCUACACUGUAUCAUCAAUCAGUGAUGUUCAAGGCUAUGGCUACAAUCACGACUGCACCAGUGAACAUUUAAAUGGGAAGGGCUGUCAUGACAUGGAGAGUGUUGUUUUAAAAACUGAGAAGCUGUAUGGUUGACUGCCAAAGACUUGGCCUACGCCAGAGUGUUCACCGUCAUAGCUCGUGAACUUGAAGUUUGAUUUAAUGACUUCACGGCCAGAAGAUUUUACCUAACUUGGGAUAUGUUUUUCUCCUGCAAACAAAACCAACACAUUUUUCGUAUGUAUAUAUACAUAUGUUUGUGUUUCUUUGUAUCUAUAUAGUAUGGACAUCCAUAUAUCUAUCUAUAUGUGCAUUUAUGUAAGGAUACAAACUUUGCCUCUUCAGUUUCUACUGUGUAGACCAAGUUGGCAAUUUUUUGUAUAAAGGGAAUCAAUGAAGGAUUUCUUACUUUCUUGGAAGUUUGUAUAAAGACUGUUGUACUGAAACCACUUCAUUUGCCUAUAGAAACUUAAGGUGUAAAUAACAUACUGUACUGUCUUAAUUCAACCUCAAACUGAAAAAAGGAAAAUGGUUAAAAUAGGUGCAAUAAUUACAGUAGAUUGUCCCGUUUAAUUAUGUCUAGCAUUUGACUGUCCAAAAAAAAAAAAAAAAGGUAGCCUGAGAUAACAGACUCAAAUAUAUUGAUGCUGAGCCAGUUUGAUUUGAUUUUGCCACUAUUUUAAAUGAAGCAUUAGAGAUGCCAGUGCAAGUUUAAGAUUCUACUUAGUUCUGUAUUGCAAUGUAAAGAUUUACAGCUAGCUUUGAAACCUUUUAUUUAAACUGUUUUGACACACGCAGGAGUGUCUCCUCAAGUUUGUCGAAGUUUCUUAGCAACUUUACUGCAGACCAGAUCAAUGAGGCCUUACUGCCAGAAAGAAAAGUAGUAACCUGAAUACCUGUACCAUCCUGACACUAAUGCAGGCUGAUGGAACUUCACUGUGUGCUUAAGCAAUUUACUCAACUGGAAAGAGAUCAUACAGAUUGUGUUGUUGUCAUGUUGUUUUUUUUGUUUUCCUUUCAGGUAUUUCCAUGGCCAUAUGCUUAAUAAUUUAUUCCUUCAUUUUUGGGGCAACAUUUUUGAUUAAUCUUGUGGCUUGUUUUGUCUGAGAAAAGUAUGAAGGACUGAACGCAGUGCAAAUGGUAUACUACCUUUAAAGCCAGUGUAUGAGAAUUCAGAUUAAUCAAUCAAAUUAAUGUUAUUAACAUAGGAUUUUAUUAUUUGGAAAAAUCCACUAUAAGCUUAUUCUUACAAAGCUUCAAAAACAUUAUGGAUUGAGAAUAUUAUUUUGGGUGUGCUUGAUUCUGAACAGGACUUAAAAGUUUUUUCUUUUGGUUCUACUGCUAAAGGCCUUAUUGAAAACUGAGGAGGCUGAUGGGAAGGUCUUGAGAAAAUCUAACUAUAGCAAUCUAUGUUUUUGUAAAUCUUUAUGCUUUAAAGAAAUAAGGGUUUUCAUUAGAGAAAUGACAAAAUUGCUAAAGAAUGAGAGGAUGGUAAAAGGUGAAUUUAUAAAAGUCUUACUAAAAAGCUCAGAAGUAGAAAAAGGUUUUAAUAGUUUAUUUUGCAGAUAAGCCUACUUCAAAAAGUAGGGGAAGAAGAGGAAAAGUGGAUACUGGAGUUGAUAGACUAUUGUAAUGCUAACAUACAUCUGGUAAGCAAGUCAACAAGCUUAAAGACAGUUCUUUCUGAGACCACUUUAAAGUACUUAGGUUUGUAUAUGAAGAACUUGAUUUUAACAUUUAAAUAUUUUUGUCAGUAACCUUUCUGUAAGCUUCAUUAGCAUUUAAUUAAUUUGCUGUCACAGUGUUUAUUGGCUUGUGACUUCAUAAGGCUUUAAAUGCUUUAUAUUUUGAAGGAGAACACUAGGAGGAUGCAGUAAAUUCAUGCCACUUGCACCUUUCCCUAGUGGUUUUUUUUUGUUUGUUUGUUUGUUUGUUUUACGGUUAUGUCUGGGAUUUGAAUUUAGAAAGUAUUUUGUUAAUAUUGUAGUUUCAUAACAUAGAAUCUCUGCUAAGCUGUUAAAAUCAAGAUUUCUCUUCUGGAAGGCUGUUUGAUUGGUAGUGAAAAUCAGUUGGGUGCUAUACUAAAGGGCAGCGUGAAAUGUCACAAUCAGAUGUCACAGUCUCUUAUAAGAAUACAGUGAUGGCAUCUGUUAUAACAUAAUUAGAGAUUGCUACUCUGCUUGCUGAUCUAUGUAGUGCUACUUAAAAGUCUGUGCGAUGUUCUGAAAGUACUAGUGCAGAAAAUCCCUGAUCUGAUAUAGCAGCUUUGGUAUAGCUCUGGGAGUGCCGGAUCAUCAACUGGUACAAAUCUGUCAUGAGUUCCACGUUCAGAAUCAGUGGGUACCAGCUGAGAAUCAAAGCCCACACAGAUACCUGUCCAUUUGAAAGUGCUUCAGAAUCCUUUAUGGCAUAUUAUCAUAUUAUUUGCUCUUUUUUUGUUGUUGCUAUUUAGUGAGGAUUUAUUGUGUCAGUCUGAAGGGGGCUACAGAAAUGCUUAUAUCAGGUAUCUGUAAUUCUAGCAUCUUAGUUUUGUAUGAAGGGAAUGUCUAUUUUUAAUGCUACUGCCUUCGGUUAGUAAAAUGCACAGAUUGAAGUUCCAGUGGAAGGUCCCCUCAGUUUUUUUUUUGUUUUUUUUUUUUUAAUGUUAUCAUCUAUGCUAUAUAUUUUUUCUCAUUGUGAUGAUCUACUAGAGUAUUUGGCCAUAGAAAUGCUGCAACACAUACUAUUUUUUAUGUCAUGAAACAUUUGGGCUGGAAACCAGGCAACAUUCAAGUAUUGUACUGUGUAAAUAAGAUUAAUAGAAGCUAUAGCGUUGUAUUUAUUGCUUACACCAAGAAUGAAAUGGGGAAAAAAAUGUGAAGUUAUUUUUCAGUUGUGCUUUAUUUUCACUUUGUUCAUAUGAGUCAUACAUUUUAAUUGCUGAAAGUAUUAUGUUUGUGAUCAAUAAAAUAUUACUACAUUUAUUCA